UAUACAUCUAUUUCCAAUCUCCGUUUACCUUAUCAUUGGUUUACCUUCAACGUUUUUAAUACCGGUACUAUUAAUUAAAGAAAAACGAGGAGCAAUAGUGUUUUGUUGCCGCAAGAGUUAGAGCCGGUGUGUCCGGGUUGCCAGCACACAAGGCCACCCCGGCCUCCAGCAGACAGGUCUGCUCUACCUCGUUUAGUGACGCUGAAAUCACCCUUACAUGCGUCUUCAGGAAUCUCAAGAUUUUUUGUCCUUAUGGUACCACUUCUAGCCCCUUAUAACGCCACAGAAGUCGUCUCAACACACAGUACUAUUCAAGUUGUCUCCGGCCGUACAGGAUGGUUCUGCUAGAUCGACACAGAGCAAUCAAGUUUCUGGAGGAUGUCGGAAUAGUGGAUGGAGAAGCCCUACUUGCCAGAGAUCCACUGAUUUUUAUCAAUACCCUCAUUGGCUCCUUCAUGACUCACCUGCCUUUCCAGUGUGUGAGUCUGAUGGCACAGACAGUAGAGGAGCGACAUGUGCCCAGCCUGGAGGAAGUGGUGGAAGCGGGUCUCAGUCUAGAGGGCGGCAUCUGCUUCACCCUUAAUGUCUUCAUGGGCAUUCUGCUGCGUACCUUUGGCUUUCAUGUACAGUUCCUCGACGGAUCAUACAGUGCAUCGAAGGAUCACCACACUCACAUUGUAUUACUCGUUAAGGAUCUCCGGUCUCCUGAGGAUGAUCACUUCAUCGAUGUUGGAGGGGGUCAUCCCUUCCUAGCAGCAGUGGCUGUGGACAGCCUGCCGGUCACUUUCCAUCAAGCCGGUCUAAAGUACACUUAUUGCAGGAGAGGUGACCUAGUGCUCCGUUUUCACCAUGAAAAUCGUAAUCCUGAGACUGGACAGGAUGUGGUGGCAAAAGAGGGGCGUCAGGUAUUCCACUUCUCACUUAAUCCUGUUGACUUUGAGGACAUACGUUCAAACAUGGAUAAAGUAUAUGUUUAUGAGGAGAGAAGUGUCUGUCUACAGGGCAUCCGUGCUGUCAGGUUUCCACCAGCAGAUGAAAUUCAAACGGAAGAUAUUGGCAUAAUUGGGACGGACACAAAUGAAAAGUCACUAGAUAAUAAACAAAACUUAAAUGAAGAGAUAGAAAAAACUAGCAUGAAUAAGAGAGAUUCAGGAAAAAAAAGCUUUGAAGAAAAUGAUAAAGAUGAUUUCCAGCCCACCUCGGGUGCUAGGGCAAUGAAUGUAGAAACUAAAGAUAAAAAUUUAGGUAAAGAAUUAGAAGCAAGGAAAUCUGCAGAGCUUUCUGAUGACAGAAUCAUGGUGGCUAUGAAGGACCAGAGUCUUUUAUUGGGUCGGGUGGAUGCAGCCACGAAGACUAAGGUGUGCAAUGAAAAGUGGACAGCCACACUGAAGAACCUCUUUCCUACUAUCCCACCAGCCAAGGUGAACCUUGCUGUACUUAAGAUGAUCCAGAAACAGUCUUGAAUGAAACCAGAACUUAGACCUAAAGUUUGUUUCCCUCCUGCAAAGAACUACUUGUUUCUUAAUGAGUGUUUUACUUCCAGUAAAACUCAAACAAAACGAGACAUUUUAGCGAGCAAGAAUUAGUCUGCCAGGUACGUACACACACUAUAUAGAUACUCGCCUAGUUGUACUUGCAGGGGUUGAGUUCUGGCUCUUUGGUCCUGCCUCUCAACUGGUGUACAG